UUAGUUUUUUAAUCUAUCUUAAUGCGUCAAUGCAUAAGAUUAUACCUUUGAUGGGCUUAUGUUGAGAUUAAGUUACAAUGAAGAACGACCACCAGCAAAAAAGCGUUAAGCCAAUGGAGUAUGAUAAUCUUCAGAGCACAGUACUUGUACUUCUUGUUAUUGGAUUAUAUUCAUAUCUAUACAAAUAUAGUAAAAAAGAAGGAUCUCGUUUCGCGUCAAAUCUACCUCCAGGUCCUCCGAGAUGGCCAAUUCUAGGAAAUUUACCAUCUUUAUCGCUUCAUUCCGAGCGAGAUAUGUUUGAAUGGAACAAAAAAUAUGGACCCGUUUGUCAUCUUAAAAUGGCGAGCACUGACUUUAUUAUUCUUGGCACUCUUGAGGCAGUCCAAGAAGCAUUUGUAAAGAAAUGUGAAACUUUUUCUAAUAGGAUGCAAAAUGUAGUACCUGGAUUAUCAGGGGUUGAUGGAAUAGCCUGUUCAAACUGGUCCGAAAAGUUGAAAAAGCAAAGAAAAUACUGCAUUUCAACUUUGAAAAACUUCGGCAUGGGACGUAAAAGCAUAGAAGCAAACAUUUUGAAAGAGUGUUCAAUACUUUGUGACAAAAUUAAAAUAUAUUCCACGGCAGAAAAAACGUUCAGCAUUGAUUUCAUGCUCUACGAAGCCUUUUCUGGUGUUAUAUGUCACUUGGCGUUCGGGAAAAAUAUUUUACAAGAAAACAAAGAAUUUCGUAAAUUUAUCCGCUCAAUCGCAAAAUCUUCAAGUACAUUGAAUAGCGUAAUGAUAUUUUGCCCUCUGUUAAAGGUAAUACCACCGUUCAGUUGGAUUCGGCAAGAAACAGAUGGAAUAGAAAACGCAGUGCUAAAAAUACUCAAUCAAGAAAUCGAAAGUCAUAAAAUUGCAAGAGAUCCUGAUAAACCACGCGAUUUCAUCGACUGUUUUUUAAACGAAAUGGAUAAGCCGAAUGCACAUUUAGAUGGUUUCUACCACUUGCAGCUCGUAUUGUCAAUACGUGAUAUUUUUUAUGCGGGAACAGAAACGGGUUCAAAUACCGUAGCUUGGCUCAUAUUAUACUUAUGCCGUUAUCCGGAGGUUCAAAGAAAAAUGCAGAACGAAAUUUCUGAAGUACUGAGUGAAGAAAGACAACUGAGUAUGUCAGCAUCAGAAGAUAUGCACUACACAAAGGCAGUCAUCCAGGAAACGAUGCGGAUCAGACCAGUCACACCAAUCGGAAUACCACAUGUUGCGGCGAAAGAAGAUACUAUUAUGGGAUACAAAAUACCGAAAGGCGCCGUAGUCGCGUCAAAUUUGUUUCGUAUUCACAACGAUGAGACAAUUUGGUCUGAUAGCGAAUGCUUCAGGCCAGAAAGACAUUUGGACCAAAAUGGAAAAUUUAGGAAAUCACCGUACGUGAUACCGUAUUCCAUUGGCGCCCGUCACUGCCUCGGACAACAGCUGGGAAAUACGGAAAUAUUUUUGUUUGUUGUGUCAAUUUUUAAAACAUUUUCUCUCACUGUGAAAAACAUUGAUAGUAUCAACAUGCAUGGUAAAAACAUCGUUUCUUUGAGACCAUGUAAUUUUGAAGUAACUGCCUCGGAGCGAUACCGGUAACUAUUACUACUGCUUACACACUGUCUGACCAACGCUAAAAUCAUUUUCGCUUCAAAACAUCUCAUCAUUCUUUACAAGUUUCGUCCUAAUUCAAACAUGAUUUCUUA